AUGGUUAUGGCAGCAGAGAAGAGGGCAUCACAUAGGAAGGUCUUCAAGUACUGUUCAUUUCUAUUUUUUUUCUUUGCUGAAAUUAAAAAUAAGGAGUCUCAGCAGAGCCAGAAGGCCAGUGAGGCUCUCACUGCCCUAAAGCCAACUCUUGGUUUUGAGGGUGACCACACUGAGACCACAAAAGAAAUACUAGUGAAUGAAGCGCCAGAGAAUGAAGCCUGUUCUCCGACACGUCAGGAGAUUUUUUUUAUUGAUUUAGAAACCAUCUCACCAGAGGCCUUGAGUCUAGAAUAUCUGGAAGAGCUGCACGUGGAAACAAACACAACUGUACGCAUCCCUAGAGACAUCAAUUGCCUGAGGCACAUGUAGAUCCUCUACUUGGAUCAAAAUCACACACAGGACCCAUGUGAGGAACCAGGGGAACUGAAAUAUCUUCUGAGCUUAGGUUUAAGUUAUAACCACCCCCUCUCCUGCAUUUCACUGCCGGUUAUCAGCAAGUUGCAGCCCCUUUAUCAGCUCAAGCUCUUGCAUGAAAUCCUAGAGCAGAUCUGUGAAUAUGUCCAUCACAUGGAACUGCUUGCUCUUUCUGACAAUAAUCUCAAGCGUCUGCCGAAAGAAAUAGUGAACCUGACAAAGCUCAAUUUACCUCCAAAAAAAUAAAGACUUGAAAGUUUUCCCAAGGAACUUUGUCAUAUUGCUAAUUUAGAAAUAACGUAUGUGCAACAAAAUCUAAUCAGUCUCAUCCCAGAAGAGAGAGGAUUUUUGACAAAGUCAGUUAAGCUAUUUUUAGCUUUUAAUAACUUAUCCUCCAUUCCUCCACACUGCCAGAAGCUGGCUGUGCUGGAUCUGCCUCAAUCUCCGCACAAGCUCCCCCCAGGUUUGAAGAGUUUCACUGAAAUGAGAAUAUCCAGACUGCCCACUAACAGCCUGGAGAAGAUCCCACACCAGAUCUGCUGCUGGCCAUCCCUCUCCCCUGUUUAUCCGAGGAACACCCAACUGCACACAGUAUCUGGGUCCUUCACCAGAUUAACCAGUGUCAAGAUACUAGAUCUGAGUGAAAAUUGCUUUGAUGAGAUUCCUAAAGGAAUACGCACCAUGAAAAAUCUGGAAGUAUUGGCCCUGGAUGGCAGUCAGAUGCAGAGGUAUCUGUGA